AUGUCCUUCGUCACUACUUCUAUCAUCGACACCGUUCUUUCUCGUAUCCCACUCAGUCGAAAUCCAAGCAGUAUGUCAACACCAACCGAACGCCAGCCAUUAUUAUCUGGAACCGUCAACGGUCAUAACCCUCCCAAUCCUUCUUCCUUACGACGAGAGGUAUCUGCGAAUAUGCCAACUGAAGGACAGAAAAUCAAAUUCGCUCAAGUAUCCGGAGCUCUCGUAGCUGGUAAACUACCAUCCCAAGAACAAAUAUCCGAACUACUUGAGAUCGUCAUUGAAAGCGACACUCUCAAACCUACAGGCGGACCUAACAGCCGUACCGCUCGUCUUGGACAGGAAGGACAGAGAGUGUUAGAAAAUUUGAAAGAAGUUUUAAGGGCUGUUAAAUCUUGGGGAGAGGAGAAAAACAAGGAAAAUCUGAUUCAGAACUUUUUCUACAACGCUUCGAGUGCCGAAGUCGACGUCGACUUGAAGAAUCCCUCCAUUCCAUCUCAAAAAGAGCUCAGUAAAGACGCCCAAAGAGCCAUUGAAAGCGCCAGGACCAUUGCUAAACUCGUCGUCACCAACGACGCUUUCCGUCAGCUGGGCUCACAAGUCAUCCUCCUCACCAGAGAUGUGUUGGCGGAUGCGGCUUCCGUAGCUGCCGAACAAGCUCAAAAGGCAGCGGACAAGACACGACCUAGUGAACAGGAACGCCAAGAAGGUAUCGACUUCAAGGGGUUGGAGAAGAAAGGUAAGCAGACUGCUAAAGGUCUCAAAAGCGGUAAACUCCAAGGUGAGGCGCGGGAGUCCAUCUGGGACGAGGUCGAAAGAUUGAAGGAGUAUGCGGAUGAGAAGCUUCCAGAAGGUGAAGAAGCUAGGGACAAACUUAUCCAGCGUCUUCAACAGGUUGUGACUCAGGCGCAAUCCGAUCCAGAAUACAGAAGGGCAAUCACCGCCAUCGUGAACCUCUUCAAGAAGUACUCACACAAGGCGGAAGAUGCCGUCAAAGAGACUGCGGACAAGUCUGAAAUCAGUGACGAAGAUGAAAAAGUUCAACAAGCCGGUCGAGACCUGAAAGCGUUCGUGGAGAAAGUGUCGGGCAAAUCGAUCGAUGAUCUCAUCUCUGCCGCACAAAAAGCAGGCGAAGAUGUGAAAAACGACGACAAACUCUCAGCAUACUUCAAAGAGCUCGACUCGUAUGUCCAUCGUAUACUGUAUCAACCUGGAUACGUCGCAUCAAGAGCCGCGUAUCGCAAAGCCGUCGCACUCUACGACGACGGGCAAUCCCUCAUCGCCGAAAACCCCACCUGGAAGGCUGAUGCGGGAGAACUGCAGAAGCAGCUCGAAGAGCUCGUCAACGGUGUCACAAACGAUCAGGCUACCAAUCGAUUGGUUCAGGCUAUCGAGAAUCUGGGAGACACCCUCUUGACUGCCGGGCAGAUUGGUCUGAACAGUCUCAAAGUCGAGGGCAAAGGUUUGUACCGCGAUUUUGCGGAUGUCAUCCUGCCAAGACUUGUGGGACUUGUCAAGGAACUCCCCGUACCAAGAGUGGAGUUCAAAUCGGAGGAUAUCGAUCUGGUCAUUGAUGAUUUCAACCUGGAGUCAGCAUCGUUCAUUCCGGAUUCGAUCCGCUUCGUCCAACACAACGACAUCCGGUUCACUCAAGGUUACGCUACGUAUGCAUCUGAGUAUGAUGGUACGGUCCGUCUUCGGGUCGAAGGACUGCACUUUGAAGCAAACAACAUCGCCUUCUGGGCUCACAAGAAGACUGGUUUCAUGCCAUUCCAGGACUCUGGCAUCCUGUCGCUCAAAUUCGGUCCCAAAGGUAUUUCUUUCGACGUCACUCUCGAGAAUGCAGACGAAGAAGAUCGCGAGUCUUUCUUCACCGUCAAGACCGUACAAGUUGAUAUGAGCGGCUUCGAAUUCUCCAUCUCCAAGAACUAUCAUUGGAUCGCGACGUGGUUCGCGUCUCCGUUGUUGCGCGCUGUCGUCAAACGUAAUUUGACUAGUGCUCUCGAGGAACAAAUCGCCGAGUAUCUCAGGAAUCUGGACUUCCAGACGUUCGCUCUUCAACAAAGAGCCAUAGCGGCGACCAACGCGAAACCUACCCCAGGUAAUUUCAUCCGGGCGGUAGUGAGCGAUUCGAUAUUCCCUCAACAGAGAACGGGGCCUGUGAAGGUGGGAUCAAAGGGAGUGGUCAAGUAUGGUAGACAUGGAGAGUACUUGCUCCAUAUUGGGGUGGACGAGGAGUUGUUCCCCGACAAACCCGCCCCCCAUCUCCGUAAUCCCCAGAGACAGAAGCUCAAAUCUCAAGCUGCUCAACUCCAAGGUCAAGCUAAGCGUGCCGUCGGGUCGGCGGAUCAAUUCAAGAAGACGGCCAAGGGAGGGGCCGACAAGGCCAAGGCGGAAGGGUCAAACUUGAGUGCUAGGGUGAAAGAAGAGCAAAGAAGGGCGAGCAGGACGGAAGGAUGGAGGUCGGAGGCAUUUGAUGUCUAA